CGUAUGGGUGCAAGGUUCUCAAUGGUUGGAGAGGUACAGUAUGGCCAAUCCAGGACCGUCACACAACAGAAGACAUUCCGUCGUGGCUAUUUAGGCGUGGAUGCGGCGGAAAUCCCUCAGUUCAAGGAAGGAGUGCUGGAGGCUAUCGUGCGAAAGCUAUUGGAAGAAGAGGGUAUUCGUGACCCUGUAUAUGCGACCACCUUGGACUGAUGAUACUAAUAGCGUCUGCUGUGAUUCUGAAUACACAUUCUUUUGACGCAACUUACAUUGUCCCCCUCUUUGAGCACCAGCAACUCAUUCUGACACUCGGCAUUGCUUCUGAGAUCGCUUGUGCCCACGGACAAAACCUAGUUCAAAGGGCGAAGCAUGCUAGUGUUCGCCGACUUUAACAUGCGGACUCCCCAUGGUCUGAAGCAA